GUGUUCUAGUGGGAGAAAAAGCUUUAACAGCAACUCUUUUGCCUGCUCAGGUCAGUUUGGUUUAAUCUCUGUGCAGUGUGGAGGCCAAAUCAGGGAACAUGUUGACGAAAGUUGUAGCCGUAGUCGUAGUCUUUCUGGUGGCUUUUGCCAGCGGUGUCCAGAAAUUGGAGACUGUCUUCGAAUGGAAACAGGUCGAAUUUGCUUGGCCCAGUGAGGAAGCCAAAGCCAACGCUAUCAAAGAGGGGCACUACAUUCCCGCUAAUAAUUUGCCUCUUGGUUUGGAUAGAUGGAAGGACAAACUUUUCAUCACUGUUCCAAAAUGGAAAGCUGGAGUAGCCUCAACCCUAAACUACGUUUCCUUAAAUAAUCAAAACAACAAAACUCCCCUGUUAAUUCCCUAUCCUGACUGGAAAUCCAACACCAUUUCCAAAGAGAAUAUAGAGAAGGGAAUUGAAGACAAUCAAAUUGUGUCGACAUUUAGAUUACGCGUAGACCCAUGCGACAGACUUUGGGUGAUGGACACAGGUGUGGAAGAUAUGCGUGGAUCUCCAAGACAAGUAGCUAAACCUGCCCUCGUAGUUUUUGAUCUCAACACUGACAAACUGUUGAGAAGAAUUCCUUUGAAGGAUUCUGUAGUCAAAGAAGACUCUUUCUUUGGCAAUGUGAUUGUUGAUGUAGAUGCUGAUAAGUGCGAGCAAGCAUUCGCGUAUCUUCCCGAUCCGUUCGGUUUCGGCAUCGUCGUGUAUUCCUGGGAGAAAAACGAUUUCUGGAGAGCAAAACACAACUUUUUCCACACUGAUCCUGUUAAGGGCGACUUCGUAGUUGGGGGUGUAAACUUCCAAUGGACCGACGGCGUCUUUGGCGUAGCUAUUGGACCCAAACAACCCGGAGGCUAUCAUACUUUAUAUUUCCACGCCUUGUCUUCAAACAGCGAAUUUUCGGUUUCUUCCAAAGUUUUGCAAAAUGAAACCCUUGCCACUGACCCUCACUCGUACCAUCUAUACACUAUGGAAGGCGAUAGAGGAGACAAAACUCAAAGUUCAACGUCAUUUUUCGAUGAAAAAUCCAACGUUCUUUUCCUAACUCAACUCCAGAGGGACGGGUUGGCUUGCUGGAAUCCAAAGAGGAAACUAAACGCUGAGAAUCUUGAAUUAAUUGUCUCGGAUAAAAAUGAAAUGAUCUUUACCAACGAAUUGAAGAUUGAUGAAGAAAGAAAUCUCUGGAUUUUGCCUGACCGAAUGCCUGUUUUUCUCUAUGGAACUAUAGAUCCAAAGCAAAUCAACUACAGAGUAUUUAAAACUAAAGUUGAUGAUAUUAUUGCUGGAACCAAAUGUGUAGUUUAGACAAAUUACGUAUAUUUUUGUAUAUUUAAAUAUGUCAGUUGAAUAAUAGUAUAUUGCUUUGCAUUACAUCCUUACAUUACAUUACAGUACUUAAUUACAACGAGUGUGAAGUUUGCUUCCCGAGCGAAGCGAUGGAUGCAUUCACACGAGUUGCGAUCGCUGUGUUACGUUCCGAGUAAUGAAUAUUAUUUUUUAUAGCAACUUUAUUAAAAGUUCGAUUUAAGAUAGGCACGUCGGAUCGCAUUUGACUACUCUUGUAUUAUAAUGUGAGGUUGUGCAAGUUUCUACCCUAGUGUUGAAACUCUCAUUCUCAACACGCUAUACAGGUACAGAAAAUCGAAUUUUUUAAUAGAUGCUAUUAUUAGUAAUGUUAGUUGCCUACCUAUAAUCAAAUAAAUGUAAUGUAAACAUUAUAGCUUCAUUGCAACUCGACGUCACAAGCUUUUUAGUAUUUUAAAUAUUAUAGCAUUAUAAGAUGUUAAUUAAAUAAAAUAUCAAAUAAAAUGGC